AUGAGAUUCUCCAAGAUUCUUGCUAUUGUCUUCUCAGCUGCGUCUGUUGUCCAUGCCGCCGCUGUGGACCAGCGAGGUGCUGGCCUCGACGCGCGAGGCUGCAGCUAUGACAGCUGUGAUGAAUGCUAUGAUAGGGACCAGUACUGCGUUUACUGCAACACUGGAGGCGCCUGUCGCAUUGCGACGCUUGCUGCUAAGCAGCAGAACGUCUGUUACGAAAUCUUUGCUGCCACCUUGCCAUCUUCCCUGUGA